AUGAAACAAUUAACAUCACUUAAUAUUGGUGGCAAUGAAAUUGGUGUAGAAGGAGCCAAAUACAUGAGUGAAAUGAAACAUUUAACAUCACUUGAUAUACAUCGCAAUGAAAUUGGUGUAGAAGGAUCCAAAUUCAUAAGUGAAAUGAAACAUUUAACAUCACUUAAUAUAUAUUACAAUGAAAUUGGUGUAGAAGGAUCCAAAUACAUAAGUGAAAUGAAACAUUUAACAUCACUUAAUAUUGGUGAUAAUGAAAUUGGUGUAGAAGGAUCCAAAUACAUAAGUGAAAUGAAACAAUUAACAUCACUUAAUAUUGCUGACAAUGAAAUUGGCGUAGAAGGAUCCAAAUUCAUAAGUGAAAUGAAACAUUUAACAUCACUUUAUAUAUAUUACAAUGAAAUUGGUGUAGAAGGAGCCAAAUUCAUAAGUGAAAUGAAACAUUUAACAUCACUUAAUAUUUCUGGCAAUCAAAUUGGUGAUGAGGGAUCCAAAUUCAUAAGUGAAAUGAAAUCAUUAACAUCACUUAAUAUUGGUGAUAAUGAAAUUGGUGUAGAAGGAGCCAAAUUCAUAAGUGGAAUGAAACAAUUAACAUCACUUAAUAUUGAUGACAAUGAAUUGGUGUAG